AUGACGAAAUUGCAGGUGUUUGGCAAGUGGCAUGACAUUCCAAGGAAGCAGGUAACCUAUGGAGACCCUGAGUUAACAUACACUUACUCGGGCGUCACCUUCGCUCCUAAGCCGUGGAUCCCAGUUCUCAACCGUAUCAGAGACCGCAUCACUUUGGACACAGGACAUACUUUUAAUUUUGUUCUUAUUAACAGAUAUAAAGAUGGUGGGGACCACAUAGGUGAACAUCGAGAUGACGAGAGAGAACUGGUUCCACGCAGUCCGAUUGCGUCUGUGUCCUUCGGAGCUUGCAGGGACUUUGUUUUCAGGCACUGUGAUUCCAGAGGGAAAAACGCAACGCGCCACAUUAAGCCCAUCAAACUGCAGCUAGCCCACGGUAGCCUGCUGAUGAUGAAGUACCCCACCAAUGUGUAUUGGUACCACAGCCUGCCCACCCGCAAGAGAGUACUCGCCCCAAGAAUCAACCUCACAUUUCGGAAAGUGAUGACUAUAGGCAAGAAGUGAAAUAUUCAGCAAUCAAACACCAGGUCUUUUGUGUCUGAAAAUAGCUUUCUUUCUCAACAUAACUGUCAAUUUGUCGUUCAAACACUGUCAUUUAUCAUCCAAGGUACCAGAUGAACAAAUUAAACCAGGAGAGGAGAUAGCGUACUUGGUGACUUGCUAAUAGAGACUGCGACUACUGAUCUUAAAUGCCAAGAAUACUUUUUCGCCGUGAAAUGUUGCUGUAGUCCUGCUGAUACAUAUUUCUAAUGAGUAAUACCCUUGUUUUGCUCAGGAGGAAAUUUGUUCCCAACUGAUCUUAAUCUAGCCAGUUUUCCAAAAAGAUCAAAAUACUUUAUAUCCUUCAGAUAGCAGUGCAAUAAUUUAUAAAUACUAUAAAGUACAAGAUGUAAUCAUUUAGCGUGAGCCUGGAGGCUGAUACUUUUCAACAGGUGAUACUUUCUUGUAUGCUCUGUCAAUAAGCUAUGGUUUGUUUGUGGUUUUUUAAAUAAAAUACAAAU